AUGGGGCCUCACACGCGCAACGGCGAUCCCAACCGUCUCACCCAUGAUCUCGCGCUGCGCCUCAUCGACGCAGCACCAUCGCUGAUCUGCAGCCGCCUACUUGCCGACUAUGGAAACUACCUUUCCAAAGGCGCCUACGGUGCCACGCAACAUAUCGCCGCAGUAAAAACGCACCGAGAAAUCUAUCCUCUCGAGUUGGAAUACAUCGCCUCGCAGAUAGCGAUGGAGCAGCGUGCCAAUCCGCACUUCAACCUCUCGCUCGAAACACCCUACAUGAACGCGGUGGAGCUUGCCGCGCGGGCUAUCGAAGGCAUCACGGCCGCGCAGCUGGCCUGGGAGAUCUCACAGGCUGUGCAGCGGGAUCGCAACUGGCGCAGUGGCGUCAAAGCGUUGAUCUUCCAGGGCGACUGGAUGGGGCUCGCGUGCCAGAUUAUAAAGGAUAGGGUGCAGCUGAAGACGUUGCCUGCAGGAAACGGGAUGAUCUGGGAAGGUGAAGUGGGCGCUUGGGAGGAUGCGCUUGAGCGUUGCGCUACAGAGUGGUUUGAGAAGUGUCUUGUGAAGCCGUCGGGGAUCAUGUGGGCGCUUCCUCGUUUGGAGAAGUGGGAGAUGGCCUUGGGCCGCCAGCGUGAAAAUGUUCAAUGA